AUGUUCCGUACAAUGAUAUCAGGGUCAAGGUUUGUGGGAAUGCGCCAGUCGAUGACAGUGUCUAGAACUAUGAUUCGAAGCUCGACUCCUGCAAGAACUGCCAUUUUGCAGAAUCUCCCACACAGACCAAUAACAACAUCUGCUACUUCUGCGAAUUCUCUCCGCACAAAAUCUCGUCCUCGAACCACAAACUUUACAUUUUCCUCGAAUCCUAAACCUUCCUCGGAAACAUUAUUUCAACGGCUUCACGCAAGGACAAACAGAUAUUUUCACAAUUCAAGGCCGAGGAGGGAUGGAGGGGCAAAGGCAGAAAAUCUAGGGGACGAAACAUCAUUAUCUGGGAGAAUGAAGAAAUUGAGUAGGGAAUAUGGGUGGAGCGUGGUAGGAGUUUAUAUAUUCUUGUCCGCCGCAGAUUUUCCCUUUUGCUAUUUAUUGGUUCGGACUUUAGGAACAGAUAGAAUUGGUGAAUGGGAGCACAUUAUUACCUCGAACAUCAAGAAAAUGAUACCCGAAUCUAUCAAAAAUGCCUGGCACGAAUGGCGAACCGCCAUGAAAAAAGCCGAACAUGAUAUAACUGGCUCAGACAAAAUCAACGACGGCGUAGAAAUGGCUGGAUGGGGCGUCGAGGAAGCCGAAGAGAGAAAUAAAAAAGAUGCAAGUCUUGGUACACAACUCGCUCUGGCAUAUGCUAUUCAUAAAUCCUUCAUUUUUAUUCGAGUGCCAUUAACAGCAGCCAUUACUCCAAAGGUUGUGAGGACUUUAAGGGGAUGGGGUUGGGAUAUAGGGAAGCGAACUUCGAAGGAGGAGAAGAAAAUAAGGGCAGCUCAUCAUGCUGCUAAACCUGCGAAGCCUGUUGCAUCGAGGGUAAAGAAGGUCUUUCAGACUAAAAAGAAGUCUUGA